ACCUAGUCGCGGUGCCUAGAGUGAUGUGGGGAGGCGAACAUUAUUUACCUGUUGGAGGGGAUUCAUAGAGGCCAGGGACAAGGUGGAGACGGUAAACUCAAAUCAUUCCCUCAAUGUGCAGAUAAAAGUCUUUAAAAACAAGGGUGCGAGGGGGAAAUCCGCUUGCAGGGAUCUCCCUGUACGCCUAGGCCCGUCUUCUGGGGACAACUCCGGUCAAAGGUUCCCGCGGGAAGGCGCAACUAGGGCAGCGACCGGCCAAACGGCGAGGGGAGCCCCAGCAGUACGAGGCGACCAUAGGCGGAGCCUGGGAAGUAGAGGACAGGGCAGGGGCGCGGCCUCGCGGGGCACCGCCCUCUCUCCCUUAAAGUCAGGGGGUGGGUGGCUGCCCUUUUGUGUCGCCGGAGGAGAAACCCGUCGCUGCCGUCCUCCGCCGCUGCCAUGGCCCUUCUCCGAGGUGUGUUCAUCAUUGCUGCUAAGCGAACACCCUUUGGAGCUUAUGGAGGCCUUCUGAAAGACUUCACAGCUACUGACCUGGCUGAAUUGGCUGCCAGGGCCGCCUUAUCUGCUGGCAAAGUCUCACCUGAGACUAUUGACAGCGUCAUUGUAGGCAAUGUCUUGCAGAGUUCUUCAGAUGCUGCAUACCUGGCCAGGCAUGUUGGUUUACGUGUGGGAAUCCCAAAAGAGACCCCAGCUUGCACAGUGAAUAGGCUCUGUGGCUCUGGUUUCCAGUCCAUUGUGAGUGGUUGUCAGGAAAUUUGUGUUAAAGAUGCUGAAAUUGUCUUGUGUGGAGGAACCGAAAACAUGAGCCAGGCUCCCUACUGUGUCAGAAAUGCACGUUUUGGAACCAAGCUGGGAUCAGAUCUCAAGCUGGAAGAUUCUUUGUGGUCAGGAUUAACAGAUCAGCACAUCAAACUCCCCAUGGCAAUUACCGCAGAGAAUCUUGCUGUGAAAUAUAAUAUAAGCAGAGAAGACUCUGACAAAUAUGCCCUGCAGACGCAGCAGAGGUGGAAAGCUGCUAAUGAUUCUGGCCACUUUAAUAAUGAGAUGGUACCAGUUGAGGUGAAGACAAAGAAAGGAAAACAAACAGUGCAAGUAGAUGAGCAUGCUCGGCCCCAAACAACCCUGGAACAAUUAAGCAAACUCCCUCCAGUAUUCAAGAAAGAUGGAACCGUCACUGCAGGGAAUGCGUCGGGGGUAUCUGAUGGUGCUGGAGCUGUUAUCUUAGCUAGUGAAGAUGCUGUUAAAAAACAUAACUUCACACCGUUGGCAAGAGUUGUGGGCUAUUUUGUGUCUGGAUGUGAUCCCACUAUCAUGGGUAUUGGUCCUGUCCCUGCUAUCAGUGGAGCACUGAAGAAAACAGGACAGAGUCUUAAGGACAUGGAUUUGAUAGAGGUGAAUGAAGCUUUUGCUCCCCAGUACUUGGCAGUUGAGAAGAAUCUGGGUCUUGACCCAAGUAAAACCAAUGUGAAUGGAGGAGCCAUUGCUUUGGGUCACCCACUGGGAGGAUCUGGAACAAGAAUUACAGCACACCUGGUUCAUGAAUUAAGGCGUCGGGGUGGAAAAUAUGCUGUUGGGUCAGCUUGCAUUGGAGGCGGCCAAGGUAUUGCAGUCAUCAUUGAGAACACAGCGUGAGGAGAGCAAGGAGUUACAUCGCCGGGCCAGAGAGGACCAGGUGACCUUUGGAGCAGCUGCUAAACCAGCCAUGUGUGAUCAACGGAUAGUGAGCCAGGUGAUUUAUCAUGAGUAAGAGCCCAUGCUAGAAUAAGCUCUCAAAUUUGUACCAAAGGUGAUACAUUUCUGACCUAAAAUCCAACUACAGAAGGUCUUAAAUGGAAUUGUUAUAUUUGCCAAAUAACCACCAUUUAUGCCUUAGAUAAUAUGAUUUAUAAGAAAUCGAAUAAAUAGUGCCUUAACUUCA